GGGGCCGCGGGCGCCGCAGGGUCGCGGGUGUCGAGGCCGCCGCAGCCGCGGCCCCUCCCCGGUUCCGCGCGGUCGCGGGCGGGCGGGCCCGGGAGCGGCGCGCGGGAUGGGCAGGUGCUGCUUCUACACCGUCGGGACGCUGUCCCUGCUCCUGCUGGUGAGCAGCGUCACGCUGCUGGUGGCCCGGGUCUUCCAGAAGGCCGUGGACCAGACGAUCGAGAAGAAUAUUGUGUUAAGGAAUGGUUCUGAGACUUUUGACUCCUGGAAGAAGCCCCCUCUGCCUGUGUAUGCCCAGUUCUAUUUCUUCAACGUCACCAAUCCAGAGGAGAUCCUCAGAGGGGAGAUCCCUCGGUUAGAAGAAGUGGGUCCGUAUACCUACAGGGAACUUAGAAACAAAGCAGAUAUUCAAUUUGGAGAAAAUGGAACAACGAUUUCUGCCGUUAGCAACAAGGCCUACGUUUUUGAACGAAAUCAAUCUGUUGGAGACCCUAAAGUUGACUUAAUUAGAACGUUAAAUAUUCCCGCGGUGACUGCGAUGGAGUGGGCGCAGCUCCGCUUCCUCCGGGAGCUCAUCGAGGCCCUGCUGAAGGCCUACCAGCAGACGCUCUUCGUGACCCACACCGUGCACGAGCUGCUCUGGGGCUACAAAGACGAGAUCUUGUCCCUCAUCAACGUCUUCAAGCCCGAGAUCUCGCCCUAUUUUGGCCUGUACUAUGGGAAAAAUGGGACUAAUGAUGGAGACUAUGUUUUUCUAACCGGAGAAGACAAUUACCUUAACUUUACAAAGAUUGUGGAAUGGAAUGGAAAAACGUCCCUUGACUGGUGGACAACAGACAGAUGUAAUAUGAUCAAUGGAACGGAUGGAGAUUCUUUUCACCCCUUGAUAGACAAAGAGGAAAUUCUUUAUAUCUUCCCAUCUGAAUUUUGCAGAUCAGUGUACAUAACUUUCAGUGACUUCGAGAGUGUGCGGGGACUGCCUGCCUUCCGCUAUAAGGUGCCUGGAGAGAUACUAGCCAACAGCUCGGACAAUGCCGGCUUCUGUGUGCCCAAAGGAAACUGCCUGGGCUCGGGAGUUCUGAACAUCAGCAUCUGCAAGAACGGUGCACCUAUUAUUAUAUCUUUCCCACACUUCUACGAAGCGGACCAGCAGUUCGUUUCCGCCAUAGACGGCAUGCAUCCCAAUAAGGACGAUCAUGAGACAUUUGUGGACAUAAAUCCUUUGACUGGAAUUAUUCUAAGAGCCGCGAAGAGGUUCCAGAUCAACGUUUACGUCAAGAAGCUAGAAGACUUUGCUGAAACGGGAAACAUUAGAACCCUGGUUUUCCCAGUGAUGUAUAUCAAUGAGAGUGUUCUCAUUGAUAAAGAGACUGCAAGUCGACUGAAGUCUGUGAUUAACACCACUUUGAUCAUCACCAACAUACCCUACAUCGUCAUGGCGCUGGGCGUGUUCUUUGGUUUGGUCUUCACCUGGCUUGCGUGCAGAGGACAGGGGUCCAUGGAUGAGGGAACCGCAGACGAAAGGGCACCCCUCAUACGAACCUAACCGUGGCCCGAGCUGGGCGGAGGAGCCAUGUGAGCUGUCCUGACCCGGACCAUCCGCGUCUACACGGGCAUGUGGCCUGUCCCAGAGAGGAGGGAGGAGACCCCGCGCUGGCGAGUGAGGAGAGCAUCCCGGCGGGAGGUUAAACGACUGACUGACUCGGUUGGCCGUCAGGCUUUAUAAAAUUGUUUGUUUUCCAUGUGUCUGGCAGGUAUUUAAUAAACUCUUGUGUAGUGAUUUUUUUUUUUUUAAUUGGGUGCUGGUAGCUCCAGAACUGUGUGACCACUGUCGUGGUUAAAAUGUGUCCGCGUGGCUUGUUAACGUCCCUCCGUCUAACCUUCUUCAGUGUGUUUCAGUCACCAACUUUGUGCUUGAAAUAUAUAAAGACGAUUUUCUGUUGUAUUUCACCCCAAAACAGAAGGAAGGAAGAGUUCGGAACCCAGGGUAAAAUGGUAGCCUCAUAAGUACAUCCUUAAAAGGCAUCUAAUUUCCUCUUUUUAAGAAGUGAUAUAUUGUAUUUCAUGCUAAUCUUCGGUUCAUAAUUCCUCCAGGAAAAUAAUUAGAUCUUUUGACUCCUUGCAAGCCCAGUGGGGAAGGGAUGUGGGGGGUGUGCAGUGGGGGUGAGCCCUGUGAGUUGAUUGUGAUUAAGCACCUGAGGCAUUUUUGCUCGUACUUUUGUGAAUUGAAAGGAUGUACAGAUAAUGUUGGUGUGGACAGGUACAGAUGUUUCAUGUGGAGUAGAAGUAAAUGCUAGUUAUGACAUUUGUGGGUAGUUUGGGAGGUUUUUUUGUUUUUUGUUUUGCUUUUAGUCAAAAUAAUCUUGGUGUGGAAAGGUGCUUCGGAGAGGUGUCACCAGUAAGUGAUUUUUCCCCCAGUCAUCCGCGCCAAAUAUGAUACUCUAUUAAUUACAA